UCUGUUCGCACUUCCCAGCCAUCUGCUCGUCGUCUGUUUGCUGGUUUAGGGUUUAGUAAUUGAUUUUGAUAAUACUUGUUAUUUGUUAGUAAUUGAUUCGCUGAUUAGCUAGAUUUUCUGAUUUUGUUAAUAAUUGGAUUCUGCUAAAUUUGUAUGCAUUUUGCUAUACCUAAUUGCUAUACUAAUUUAUUUACUAUGAUUAAUCACUUUCAUUGCGACGGAAUUGAAGUUAAGAAAAUUUAAGUUAGUUAUACAUCACAGGAUGGCUUUCUUUAGGAAUUUUCUAAAUGAUAAUGUCUCCUAUAGCGUCAUUAAAGAUAAAGACCAAGAACAGAAUGCUGAUAGAGUACUUAGAUCAGUAGGUAAUGAGUGUGUGGAUGCAACGUCCGGUGAGAAGGAAUUUGAUAUGAACACGGAGGCACAAUACCAGAGUGAUGGUGAGCCAAAUGGGACAAAUUAAAGUUUGUUAUAGUAGAACAUUAUGGUCACUAUGUGCAUUUUGGUUGUUUUUAGUUAUGAACUUUUAUGUUUGAAGUUGUUUGUGAACUUGUAAUAUUAAAUUAUGGAUAAUUUAUUAGGUGAAAUUGUGAAAUAUUGAAUUUUAUUAAGCUAGAAAUUAUUAAAUUUAUAUAUUUGAAAUUAUAUAUAGUUUUUUUAAUAAUUUUAUUUAAUAUUUAAUUAAACCGGUUAAACCCCGGUCAAACUAGUAAACCAGUGACCUUACAGGUUUAUUGACCGGUUCGGUUCUCGCAACCUUGGUAUUAAACUUUGUUUUAAUUUGUUUUAUUUAAAUUUUAUUUUAUAUUUUUUGUUUUAUUUUGUUUUAUUUUUUAUUUUGUUUUAUUUUGUUUUAUUUAAAUUUUGUUUUAUUUUGAAUUUUUGAUGAUGUUGUUUGUGGCCUCCUCUUCUCGCGACGCCGCUUGCCACCUGCUCUUCUCGCACCAGCAAUCAAACCAGAAAAGCACAAAAUCACAAAAGAAAAAAGAAUGCAGGCUCUGACCCUGAGCAAGAGGCUCUCUACAUCCAAGCCUCUCUUCAGAAUCUCUCCCAACCUCGUCGCUUCAACCACCUCCUCUUCCACCACCUCUCCGCCACCUUCGUCACCGAUCUCCGCCGCAGAUGGCGGCUCCUCCUGCCAUCCCUUGGCUCUCCUCAGCUUACUCCGCGCUCCCAGGUCUGCUACCCAAAGCCUCCGAACUGGUGUCUCUGGAUCUGACGUUAGAGAUACGAAUCUCGCUGGAGGCCAAGUGCGCGCUUAUGAGGUUCUGAAACUUUAUCGCCCCUGUUACGGAACCGGAAUAGCAACUUUCAAGGUUCAGCCUCACGGUGCUGCUGGUUAUGCCACUGCUACUACUACGGGCGAUAGCAUCCAGAGGAAGGAGCGAGACAGUGGAUUGAGGAAUGUAGGUCCGAAGACAAAGAGAGAGCAGCUGCUAAAAGCCACUGCACUUGUCCCACUUCUUUUGAUAUUCCCGAACGCCUAUUCCAUGCUCGCAGCGAAUCUCUUUGUAUUUUGGCACAUAAGUGCUGGUAUUGAAGAGAUUUUGGCUGAUUAUGUCCACCAUGAGAUGACCCGAAAUUACGUCGUGAUUGCUUUCAAAUUGUUCCUGAUAAUUGCAAUGAAGGAUGUGUUCCUGAAAUUCGUAUUUGUAUAAUCAGAUAGCUCACUAAAAUUGUACUUGCAUUUCUGCAUAAUAAGAGCCCGAUGAGGUGUAAACAUGAGAAAACCCUUAUUUCCAGUUUUCAGUUGGUUAUUAGAGGUGAGGCAACAUGAUAAUUUUCUGAUUCAUAAAGUUAAUGAAUGGCUUUUAGUGUGUAUUGCUCAAAUUUUGGCAUCUAUGGACUAUGGUGCUUAUGUUAUGGUGGUUACGUAUUGUUAAAAUUAAAGUAAUAGUUUUUUAA